UUAUCACCCCCUUCCUCCUCCUCCUCCUCCCCGGCUGUCGGCCUCACGUCCCCAACUCGGGAGCGCCGCCGAUCGGUCGCCAGGAUUUUCCCUUCUCGGCCAAAAUGGAGGAGAAGGUCUCUCGCUUAAUGAAGAGAGCACCGACUAUAUGAGCGGAUCUGCUUCAAUGAUCGGCAUCAGGACCCGCUUUUGCUGAUAUAAUAGUUCUUGCAGCAACCUAACACUUUGAGGAUAUCUAUCGCUAUUUCCGCACAAGCGAGCGCAGCCAUGAGCGCAGGAGAGGGGCUAGAUGAGGCUGGGAAGGACGCGGCAGACAUAGCGGCGUUUUUCAAAUCCGAUUGCUCUCUUCCAAAAUGUGAAUCCAAACUGGAUGGCCCCGGUCAAACUUCAGGGUUUCAUCGUAAUGAGGAUAUGAAGGCCAUUGAUGUGCUUCCAAUCCUCAAGGAGAAGGUUGCCUUUCUCUCAGGUGGCAGAGACAGACGUGGAGGUCCGAUUCUCACCUUUCCAGCGCGGAGCAACCAUGACAGAAUACGACCCGAAGACCUGCGCAGGCUCAUAGCAUACUUGGCCACAAUCCCAAGUGAGGAGGUGGCCAGACAUGGCUUCACAGUCAUUGUGGACAUGCGUGGUUCUAAGUGGGACAGCAUCAAACCUCUGCUAAAGAUCCUUCAGGAAUCGUUCCCUUCUUGUAUUCACGUUGCUCUUAUCAUCAAGCCAGACAACUUCUGGCAGAAGCAGAGGACCAACUUUGGCAGCUCCAAGUUUGAAUUUGAGACGGUGAUGGUCUCCUUAGAGGGUUUAACCAAGAUUGUGGACCCUUCCCAGCUGACAGCCGACUUCGAGGGCAGCCUAGAAUACAACCAUGAUGAAUGGAUUGAGGUGCGGCUCUCUUAUGAGACGUUUGCCAGUGAUGCAGCGCGGGCUUUAUCACGCCUUGAAGAACUCCAGGAAACCUUGUCCCAGCGUGAUCUCCCACGGGAUCUGGAAGGGGCUCGGCGGUUAAUGGAAGAACAUGCUGCACUGAAGAAAAGGGCCACCAAAGCAUCGGUAGAGGAGCUCGACGCACAGGGACGGAGGCUGCUCCAAAGGCUACAGUCACAGACUGCAGGGGUUGGGAGUGUUGGAGCUAGCGGAGAUUCUAACGACCACCAUCACGGGUUUCACGUGCACGCGGACGCGCACAAUCUGGUGGCUAAAGUGACGGGUGUGUUGGAUAAGCUGCACGGGAUGCGGCAGAAUCUGCAGCAGUUGUGGCACAUGAGGAAACUGAAGCUGGACCAGUGUUUCCAACUGCGGCUGUUUGAACAAGAUGCUGAGAAGAUGUUUGAUUGGAUAAUGCACAACAAGGGGCUUUUCCUGACCAGUUACACAGAGAUCGGAGGGAACCACCAGCAUGCUGUGGAGUUGCAGACGCAGCACAACCACUUCGCUAUGAACUGCAUGAAUGUGUAUGUGAACAUCAAUCGAAUCAUGUCUGUUGGAAAUCGGCUCCUGGAGUCCAGCCACUAUGCCUCUCAGCAGAUCCAGCAGAUCUCAAGCCAGCUGGAGCAAGAGUGGAAGGCCUUUGCUGCAGCACUGGACGAACGCAGCACCUUGCUGGAGAUGUCUGCCAGCUUCCACCAGAAAGCAGAUCAGUACAUGAGUAAAGUGGAGCCGUGGUGUAAGGCAUGUGGUGAGGGAGAGCUGCCCUCUGAACUCCAGGAUCUGGAAGACACAAUCCAUCAUCACCAGGGGCUGUAUGAGCACAUCACCACAGCAUACUCUGAGGUAAGCCAGGAUGGCAAGUCUCUGUUGGACAAACUGCAGCGACCCUUGACCCCAGGAAGUGCAGAUUCGUUGAUGGCAUCAGCUAACUACUCCAAGGCUGUGCAUCAUGUUUUGGAUAUCAUCCAUGAGGUGUUGCAUCAUCAAAGGCAACUGGAAAACAUCUGGCAGCAUCGCAAAGUCCGUCUGCAUCAGCGCCUGCAGCUGUGUGUCUUUCAGCAGGAUGUACAGCAAGUGCUGGACUGGAUAGAAAAUCACGGUGAGGCCUUCCUUAGCAAACAUACAGGUGUUGGAAAGUCUUUGCACAGAGCCAGGGCUUUACAGAAAAGGCAUGAAGACUUUGAAGAGGUUGCACAGAACACCUACACCAAUGCUGACAAGUUACUAGAGGCUGCAGAGCAGCUGGCCCAGACCGGAGAGUGCGACCCAGAGGAAAUUUACCAGGCCGCCCACCAGCUUGAAGACCGCAUCCAGGAUUUUGUGCGACGUGUCGAGCAACGUAAAGUGCUGCUGGACAUGUCUGUUGCCUUCCACACACAUGUCAAAGAGCUGUGGACAUGGCUGGAGGAGCUUCAGAAAGAACUGCUGGAUGAUGUUUACGCAGAGUCAGUCGAGGCAGUCCAGGAUCUGAUCAAGCGAUUCGGCCAGCAGCAGCAGACCACCCUGCAGGCAACAGUCAACGUUAUAAAGGAAGGAGAGGACCUCAUACAACAGCUCAGAGACUCUGCCAUCUCGAGCAACAAGACUCCGCACAACAGCUCCAUGGCCCACAUUGAGAGCGUGCUGCAGCAGCUGGACGAGGCCCAGGGCCAGAUGGAGGAGUUGUUCCAGGAAAGGAAGAUCAAACUUGAGCUCUUCCUCCAGCUCCGCAUCUUUGAAAGGGACGCAAUUGACAUCAUCUCAGACCUGGAGUCAUGGAAUGAGGAACUGUCACAGCAGAUGAGCGACUUUGACACGGAGGAUCUCACACUGGCUGAGCAGAGGCUGCAGCAUCAUGCGGACAAAGCUCUUACCAUGAACAACCUCACCUUUGAUGUCAUCCACCAGGGACAAGAGCUGCUGCAGUAUGUCACGGAGGUCCAGGCGUCUGGUGUGGAGCUGUUAUGCGACCGAGACGUGGACAUGGCCACACGGGUUCAGGACCUGCUGGAGUUUCUCCACGAGAAGCAGCAGGAGUUGGAUCUCGCCGCAGAACAGCACAGGAGACACUUGGAGCAGUGUGUCCAGUUAAGGCAUCUGCAGGCUGAAGUCAAACAGGUGCUGGGUUGGAUCCGUAAUGGCGAGUCGAUGCUGAAUGCAGGUCUGAUCACAGCCAGUUCCUUACAAGAGGCCGAACAGCUGCAAAAGGAGCACGAACAAUUUCAACAUGCAAUAGAGAAAACCCAUCAGAGCGCGCUGCAGGUACAGCAGAAAGCUGAGGCUCUACUCCAGGCAAACCACUAUGACAUGGAUAUGAUCAGAGACUGUGCAGAAAAGGUGGCAGACCACUGGCAGCAGCUGAUGCUAAAGAUGGAGGACAGACUUAAGCUGGUUAAUGCUUCUGUGGCUUUCUACAAGACCUCUGAACAGGUGUGCAGUGUGCUAGAAAGCCUCGAGCAGGAGUAUAAGAGAGAAGAAGACUGGUGCGGUGGUGCUGAUAAACUGGGCCCUAACAGUGAAUCAGACCAUGUCACUCCCAUGGUCAGCAAACAUCUGGAGCAGAAAGAGGCCUUCCUCAAGGCUUGUACGCUAGCCAGACGCAACGCUGAUGUUUUCUUGAAGUACCUGCACAGAAACAGCGUCAACAUGCCUGGCAUGCUGUCCCACGUCAAAGCUCCAGAGACUCAGGUUAAGAAUAUCUUGAAUGAGCUGCUGCAGAGAGAAAACAGAGUGCUUCACUUCUGGACCAUGAGGAAGCGGAGACUGGACCAGUGCCAGCAAUAUGUAGUGUUUGAACGCAGCGCCAAACAGGCCCUGGAGUGGAUCCAUGACACUGGGGAGUUUUACCUGUCCACUCACACAUCCACCGGGUCGAGCAUUCACCACACACAGGAGCUACUGAAGGAACAUGAAGAUUUCCAGAUCACAGCAAAGCAAACCAAAGAGCGGGUAAAGCUGUUGAUCCAGCUGGCGGAUGGGUUUUGUGACAAGGGCCACGCCCAUGCCUCGGAAAUAAAGAAAUGGGUGUCCUCGGUGGACAAGCGCUACAGGGACUUCUCUCUCCGCAUGGACAAAUACCGAACCUGCCUGGAAUCAGCGCUUGGCAUUUCUUCCGACUCAAACAAAGCCAGUAAAGAGUUGCAACUGGACAUCAUUCCAGCCAGUGCUCCAGGGUCAGAGGUCAAGUUGCGGGACGCUGCCCAUGAACUCAAUGAGGAGAAGAGGAAAUCAGCACGAAGGAAAGAAUUUAUAAUGGCAGAGCUGAUUCAAACAGAGAAAGCCUAUGUACGAGACCUACGGGAGUGUAUGGAUACCUACCUGUGGGAAAUGACCAGCGGCGUGGAGGAAAUUCCUCCUGGUAUUGUCAACAAGGAACACAUCAUUUUUGGGAACAUGCAGGACCUCUAUGAGUUUCAUCACAAUAUUUUCCUGAAGGAGUUAGAAAAGUACGAGCAGCUUCCAGAAGAUGUCGGCCAUUGUUUUGUAACCUGGGCUGAUAAGUUUCAGAUGUAUGUGAACUACUGUAAGAACAAGCCAGAUUCAACUCAGCUCAUCGUGGAACAUGCUGGACCCUACUUUGAUGAAAUUCAGCAAAGACAUCGUCUCGCAAACUCUAUCUCCUCUUACCUGAUCAAGCCAGUCCAAAGAAUCACAAAAUACCAGUUGCUUCUAAAGGAACUGUUAACAUGCUGUGAGGAAGGAAAAGGGGAGAUCAAGGAUGGCCUGGAAGUGAUGCUCAGUGUCCCCAAGAGAGCCAACGAUGCCAUGCACCUCUCUAUGCUGGAGGGAUUUGAUGGAAACAUCGACUCCCAGGGAGAGCUGAUACUCCAGGAGUCCUUCCAGGUCUGGGAUCCUAAGACUCUUAUCCGGAAGGGUCGGGAUCGACACCUCUUCCUCUUUGAGAUGUCUCUGGUCUUCAGCAAAGAAGUGAAAGACUCUAAUGGGCGCAGCAAAUACCUCUACAAGAGCAAGCUCUUUACGUCAGAGCUUGGAGUGACAGAACAUGUGGAGGGAGAUCCUUGCAAGUUUGCCCUCUGGUUGGGGAGGACCCCAACCUCAGACAACAAGAUUGUUCUGAAGGCUUCAAGUAUUGAGAAUAAGCAGGACUGGAUCAAACACAUUCGGGAAGUCAUACAGGAGCGAACAAUCCACCUGCGUGGAGCUCUGAAGGAACCCAUCCACAUCCCUAAAGCCACCACAACUAAACACAAAGGCAGAAGGGAUGGAGAGGAGCUGGACAGCCAGGGAGACGCCAGCAGCCAACCUGAUACCAUCUCUAUUGCCUCACGUACGUCCCAGAACACACUGGACAGCGAUAAGCUCUCUGGUGGCUGUGAACUCACAGUGGUCAUACACGACUUUGUGGCCAGUAACGGCGGAAGCAACGGGGAGCUGACAGUCCGCCGCGGCCAGACUGUUGAGGUUUUGGAGCGACUGCACGACAAGCCGGACUGGUGCUUGGUCCGGACCACGGAUCGCUCGCCAGCCCAGGAGGGCAUUGUGCCCUGCUCCAUGCUCUGCAUCGCUCACUCCAGGUCCUCCAUGGAGAUGGAGGGCCUCUUCAACCACAAAGACACCUUGUCCGUAUCCAGCAAUGACGCCCUGCAGCCCGGCUCCAGCCAAACGCUGGGUCCUCACAGCUCCCCAGGUCCCAAACGUCCUGGAAACACGCUAAGGAAGUGGCUGACGAGUCCGGUUCGGCGGCUCAGCUCCGGUAAAGCUGACGGCCACGUCAAAAAGCUCGCCCACAAGCAUAAGAAGAACCGCGAUGGCACGAGGAAGAACAUGGACGCGAUGCCCGGCUCGCAGAAGGACUCUGACGACAGCGCCGCCACUCCACAAGAUGAGACCCUGGAAGAACGUAUGCGCAAUGAAGGGCUGAGCAGCGGCACCCUGUCCAAGUCUUCCUCAUCGGGCAUGCAGAGCUGCGGUGAGGAGGAAGGAGAAGAGGGGGCGGACGCUGUCCCGCUGCCUCCCCCAAUGGCCAUCCAGCAACACAGCCUGCUUCAGCCCGACUCUCAGGAUGACAAGUCUGCAUCUCGGCUGUCUGGCCGUCCCAGUAGCUCAGAGACACCCAGUGCGGCUGAACUGGUCAGUGCCAUCGAAGAACUGGUGAAGAGCAAGAUGUCACUGGAAGACCGUCCCAGUUCUCUGUUGGUGGAGCAAGGUGACAGCAGCUCUCCCUCUCUCAAUCCCUCCGACAACUCCCUCCUCUCCUCCUCCUCACCCAUCGACGAGGUGGACGAGCGCAAAUCUGGCUUCCUCAAGAGAAGACAUUAUGUACUUCUGGAGCUGGUGGAGACUGAGAGAGAUUAUGUCAGAGACCUGGGAUCAGUGGUGGAGGGCUACAUGAGCAGAAUGAAAGAGGAAGGAGUUCCAGAUGACAUGAAAGGAAAAGACAAGAUUGUUUUUGGAAACAUCCAUCAGAUCUAUGACUGGCACAAAGAUUUUUUCCUGGGAGAACUUGAAAAGUGUUUGGAGGAUCCUGACCGGCUGGGACCGUUAUUUGUCAAACAAGAACGGAGACUGCACAUGUAUAUUGUGUACUGCCAAAACAAGCCUAAGUCUGAGCACAUCGUGUCGGAGUAUAUUGAUACGUACUUUGAGGACCUGAAGCAGCGACUGGGACACAGACUGCAACUCACUGACUUACUCAUCAAACCUGUCCAGCGCAUAAUGAAGUACCAACUGCUACUGAAGGAUCUUCUUAAAAUUUCUAAGAAGGCUGGAGUGGAUGCCACAGAGCUGGAGAAAGCUGUAGAAGUGAUGUGCGUGGUCCCCAAACGCUGCAAUGACAUGAUGAAUGUUGGGCGCCUUCAAGGCUUUGAUGGUAAAAUUGUGGCUCAGGGCAGAUUGCUUCUCCAAGACACUUUCAUGGUUUCAGACCAGGACGGAGGGCUCCUAUCCAGGAUGAAAGAGAGGAGAGUGUUUCUGUUUGAGCAGAUAGUUAUCUUCAGUGAACCCCUGGACAAAAAGAAGGGCUUCUCUACUCCUGGCUACCUCUUCAAGAACAGCAUUAAGGUGAGCUGGUUGGGUCUAGAAGAAAAUGCUGAUGACCCCUGCAAGUUCACACUGACCUCCAGGUCAUCUAGUGGCAACCUGGAGAGGUACACUUUCCAUUCACCAAGUCCUGGAGUCAGUCAAGUCUGGAUCCAUCAGGUCAGCCAGAUCCUGGAGAAUCAGAGAAAUUUCCUCAAUGCUUUGACGUCACCUAUAGAGUAUCAGAGGAACCAUGUGGGAGGUGGUGGGCCAAGCGGUCCACCUAGCAGCAGCAGUACUGCAGGUCUACCAGGAGGCAGCAGCUCCAACAGUACCUGCAAUAUGGGGGGAGGAGGUGGCGGCGAAGGCAGCUCUGGAGGAUCAGGGGGUAGCGCCUCCUCCCUGUGCGGCCCGCGCUCCCGACCAUCUCGCAUCCCCCAGCCGUCCUCACGCCUCCCCCAGCCUGUUCACCACCAUCACCCCCCGGGCCCAGAGGGUCCCGACAGAUCAGCAGGUAUGUGGUCACUCUGCCACCCACAGCCGCUUCAGUCCCUCUCCUCUAACCCCCGUUCAGGCAACACAGCUAAUGGAGAGCUGUUAGCCUCAGAGGUCCCUAAGAUGAGGAUGCUGGAUAGUCCUCAUGGAAGUAACAGUAAUAACAGUAACAGGCCAUCAGGUAGUAUGGACAGCAGUGUCAGACAGGUUCUCGGAGGCUCAGAGGAAAUGCCGAAGCAUCAAAUGGCCAGCAGACCACAGAUGCCAGUAGCUCCUCUGAAUUUUCAUCUCAAAAGCCCUCGAGUUGGGACAGUUUCACCUCUGAUAUUACCUCAAACUCCCGGAGGAGGAGGAGGAAAGGAAGCGUUCGUCCCCACCAGCCCAGCUCAUAAAGGCAACGCUUUCUGGGCCAUAGUCCCCGCUCUGCCUCCCUCUCCUGCCAGCAGGCCAGGUUCCUUCUCCUACCCCAGUGACAAUGGUGGCAGUGGAGGCGACUCUCUGGGCAGAGGAAGUCACGGGACUCCCUCUCAUCACCGCCACUCCAGCCACAGUAAGGACAUAGAUCGCAUGAGCACCUGCUCCUCCACCAGCGAGCAGUCCAUACACUCCACCCAGAGCAACGGGAGUGAAAGCAGUAGUAGCAGCAGCAGCGUGUCCACCAUGCUGGUGACUCAGGAUUAUGUGGCAGUGAAGGAGGAUGAGAUCAGUGUGGUGCAGGGUGAGGUGGUCCAAAUGCUAGCAAGCAACCAGCAGAACAUGUUCCUGGUGUACCGGGCAGCCAAUGAGCACUGCCCUGCGGCUGAGGGCUGGAUCCCUGGCUACGUGUUAGGACACACUUCAUCCUCAGUCACACCCGAGCUCUCCGAAGGCACCAUAAAAAAGUCAUUAUCGUGGCACACAGCACUGCGCAUUCGCCGGAAGUCUGAGAAAAGAGACAAGGAGGGCAGGAAAAUUGAGAACGGCUACCGAAAGUCUCAGGACAGCCUGGCCAACAAAGUCUCUGUCAAGCUUCUGAAUCCCAACUUUAUCUAUGAAGGUCCCCCAGAGUUCCUCAUUCCAGUUAGUGAUGCAACAUGUGAGAGUGGCGAUGCAGUUACUCUGAGGUGUAAAGUUUGCGGUCGCCCCCGACCAACCAUCACUUGGCGUGGCCCUGACAACAACUCUCUGAGCAACAACGGACAAUACAGCAUGACCUACAGUGAGACCGGAGAGGCGUCCCUGUGCAUCACGGACGCGUCUGUAGAGGACAGCGGCGUGUAUACCUGUGUUGCUACAAACAUAGCAGGCGCUGUCACCUCCUCUGCCAGUCUUAGAGUGUCAGGAACCCCUGAUGAUGGCAGCGAACUCCUCUGGAAAAACAGCUUUGAGUCCCAGUACACAGAAAUUACUGAACUAGGAAGGGGUCGGUUCUCGGUGACUAAGCGAUGCGACCAGAGAGGGAGUAAACGCACAGUUGCAGCAAAGCAUGUUAACAAGAAGCUGUUGCGUCGAGAACAGGUCCUGCAGGAGAUCAGACUCCUCCAGAAUCUAGACCAUCCCAAUCUGGUCAAGCUGCUAGACACGUUUGAGACAGCCAGCAGCUACGUACUGGUACUAGAGAUGGCAGACCAGGGGCGAUUCCUGGACUACAUCGUGAGCUGGGGCAACCUGACGGAGGAGAAAGUUGCUUUAUACCUCAGAGAUAUUCUUGAAGCUCUCCAUUACCUGCACAGCUGGAGGAUAGCACAUCUUGACCUCAAACCUGAAAACAUUGUGGUGGAACAUGCGUCCUCCCAGCCAGUGAUCAAGCUGACAGACUUUGGUGAUGCUGUUCAACUGAACCCCCCCUCCUCUUACAUCCAUCCUCUUCUGGGAAGCCCAGAGUUCUCUGCUCCUGAACUGAUCCUGGGUCAGCCCGUCUCACUGACGUCUGACCUCUGGAGCUUAGGGGUGGUGACCUAUGUGGUUCUGAGCGGCGCCUCUCCAUUCCUGGACGAGAGCCUUGAGGAGACGUGUCUGAACAUCUGUCGCCUGGACUUUAGCUUCCCUGAGGAUUACUUCCAGGGUGUGAGCCCAGCUGCCAGAGACUUCAUCUGCCUGCUGCUCCGGGGCGAGCCAGAGCGACGGCCCCCUGCUGCGUCCUGCCUGGAGGAGCCCUGGCUCCAGCCUCGAGGUUUAUCAAGCAGUGACUCAACCUUAAAUCCCACACAGCCACCAGCACUGUCACCAUCUCGGAAUCAUUGCGGCACACAUCUGGACACAUCCAGGCUCAUUUCUUUCAUCGAGAGACGGAAACACCAGAAUGAUGUCCGGCCCAUAGGCACCAUUAAGGCCUUCCUUCACAGCCGCCUGCUCAGCCAGACCUGACAGUAGGUCACCAGGUAAACACGACCAGAAGGAAUUUCUUCCACUACUGCUCUUCAUUCACUUGAUCCUUGUUAGAAGCCUACUGAGAGCACCACCAGCGACACGCCUGCUACAAUCCCCUUUUCCCUCACAAAGCCACAAAAGUCCUGCUGCUGCUGCUGCUGCUGCCGACUGACUAACCUCUGCAGAUUAAACCCUUCGAACCCCCAAGCCCUUCCCCUCCUUAAACCUGGCAUACCGUCACUAUGCCUGCACAACAAGCGAACUCUUGGAAUCCAUUUGAGAUUUCAAAACCUUGACUCAGCAGGGAGAAAACCAAGCUUUCUCAACAAGCCAGCGUGAGCGAGUCUUGCGUUUCGGACAGUGUUAAACAAAGAAAAAAAAAAAAGAAGAAUACUGUACAAUAGGAAUAUUUCAGGCUGCUUUCGGUUGAACACAAGAAAAUGUUUUUUUGUAACGAGAGAUUACUUUUUGUAAAUGAAACAAAAUGUACAGCGAGGAGACGGAGAACUGUCUUUAUUCAUAACCUUUUGGAAAACAAAGGGUAGUUGGCGAGUAGAAAAAGUAAAAAACGAAAAAAAAAAAAAAAGGGAAGUGAGAUUUGCGUGGUGAAGUGGCACCCAUCAGCAGGGUCCUCUUAUUCUGGAACAAGAUGUAACUACCAAAACCACGUUUUGCAGAAACUUACAUUCAGUGCAAUAGUUUGCUUUUCUUAACUCUCCCCCGCUUCAGUUUCAAAGGUUAAAUCACUUCUGUUUGUGACACUAAGAGAAACUAACUUGAACAAAGCAUUAAAACAACUCAGCAAAAAAGAAUAUCCCGAUAGAGCUUCUCAGAUUUUUACCUGCAUCCGCCUUAUAUGUAAAUAACGUUUUUCCCGCUUUUCGUUCUCAUUUUGACGGAUUUAUCUCUCGACGAACAAAAACGAUUCCAUCUGCUGAGUUUUAGUGAGUCCCUGCGGACGGACGGAUCAAACCGCUACUAGGUUCCCACGUGCAAUGUCGCAGCUUUAACAUUUAUGCAACUAUUUAUGAAAACUUGUGUUGUAGCCGUAUUCUUAAAAAGGCAUGUACGUACCUGGUACUGCAAUAGAUGUAUGUAUUGUGUUAACUCUUAUGUAUUAAGUUCAGUAUUAAUAUCCUGCAAAAAACAACAAAAAAACAACAACAACAACAACAACAACAACCCUGCAACAAAAGGAGAGUUUUUCCAAAAUAAUGUAUAAAAAUGUGUAUCUAUGAAAUAUAGGCACUUAUGCUUUUAUGUCGUCCUUGUUUCGCUUUUGUUUUUUUUGUAACAAUACCAAAGUUGGCUCUGCUUUGUUCUCCAGCUAAUAUGUUUGUUUGCUUUUUUAAUGACUUGUCAUGUUGAGUUAUAACAGACCACACUGAGCAGAGGCAUAUGAGCGUUUACAAAGGUUCCUUGUGGUUUUAUUUAUUCUUAUUGUAAUAAGAAGAUUGUUUGGUGGUUUAUUGCUGAAAAAAAUUAUAUUGACUUGUCUUUUUUUAUCAUUAUUUCUUUUCUUUUUUGUUUUUUUCAAGCCGUGCACAAAGUUAUUUGCCGUGUGAGUUUGUUUGGCUCUUGUAGGUAGAUACUAGUGUAUGUUGCUAGACCGUAUUGGUUUAUAUCUU